AUGUCCGACGAAUUAGGAAAAGUUUGUGACGAAAUUUUAGAUGAAACACUUUUGAAAUUUCAUAAAUAUGGUAUACCUAAAGUUAAAUCCAGCUCCCAACAGUCUGCUUCGAAUGUAAAGCAGUUGGAGCAUAAAUAUUAUCAUUUGUACAAAAAAUUGAACCACAAGCUAAACCAUCUACUAUAUUUGAACAAACUUCAAGAGCUAAAUCAGAAGUCUAAUCAGACUGAAUUGGAUACUCGAUUGAAAGCAAUUAAAGACCAGAUGGGUAUAGAAUCAAAUCAAGAGUUGUUAGAUUUUUUAAAGUUACAGAAUAAUGAGAUUAAAACCGAAAAAUUAUUAUUACAGUAUUUGUUAAUGAUAGAACCAAUACUAAAAUCCACCCAUCAAUCUGAUUUAAAUCAAUCUGAACAGCGAAUACUGAACAUGCUAAAUGAGCUUUACAAUUAUGACGAAAAUGAUACCGGCUUGGUUUUUCAAAAGAUAGCUAACAGUAAAAAUCAAAAUGACUUGCAAUCAGGAAAUUAUAAUUUGAUUAAAAAUGUAGUCAAACCAAUACUUGACGGUCUAGGCGAGUUAAACAAAACACUUAUGACAUUAAAUAAAGAAUAUGUUAGCAAGAAACAAGCUCAAGUGGAAAACGACCCUGAGGAAGGUGCCAAGCGGAAACAGUAUUAUGAGCUUGUCAGGAAAUGGAGAGAACUUGAGAAUAUGGUAACUGAAAUCCCGGUAUUGAUAUCGGACCUACCUAUCAAUUGGUAUGAUGAUCCCACGUUGCUACAAAUAAUGCAAGAAGUAGACGAAAUUCAAAUAAAGUUGAAUACAUACCAGCUGAUAAUUAAUGAGGACACGAUAUCUGCAUACAGUACAACAGAACUCCUAGCUUUAGAAUUUCCAUGUUGA